CCUCUCCUUGCCUCAACCAUCACCACCGCUCAACACAAUACCUCCAGUCACCGCCCAUCAUGCUUUCCAUCAGAUCCGUCGCGCGCUCCGCGCCCAGAGCUUUCACUCGCCUUUCCCUCAGACAGACCGCGCGCCCCAGUGCCUUCAUCAAGGCCUCAUCAUGGAGCGCCGCCGUCCAGACCCAGCGCGCAUCAGCCUUCUCCAGCUCCGCCUUCAGAAAAUCUGCCGCCGGCGAGACCGACUCCGAGCUCGUCGCCAAGCUCGAGAGCGAGCUCCAGUUCGAGGAGGAGGUGAAGCAGAACGAGCAGCUGCCCGCGAGCGUCAAGGACUUCAUCGACAACAGCCCCUUUGAGCUACACGACACCCCUGGCAAGGAGGAGGUCAAGCUUACCCGCAAGUUUGGCGAGGAGAAGAUCACAAUCACUUUCUCCAUCGCCGACCUCGCCAACUACGACCCCGAGAUGUACGACCAGGACCGCGCCCUCGAGGACGAGGAGUUCGAGUCCGACGUCCAGAACCCCAACAAGCAGUCCGGCGUCCAGUCCUCCGGCGGCGCCCGCUCCGCCAACGCCGAGGAGCAGCUCGAGGAGGAGGAGGAGGGCGACAUUGACGAGGCCGCUCCCCCUUGCCGCCUGAGCAUCGUCGUCGAGAAGCCCGGCAAGACCCCCGGCGCCCUCAACAUCGACGCUACCGCCCAGGACGGCGCCAUCGUCGUCGACAACAUGUUCUACUACGAGGACGGCAAGCUCGCCCACGCCUCCAACGCCGAGGUCGCCCACGCCCGCAGCGACAUCUACCCCGGCCCCCCCUUUGGCAGCCUCGACGAGGACCUGCAGAUCCUGAUGGAGCGCUACCUCGAGGAGCGCGGCAUCACCCAGGCCCUGGCCGUCUUUGCGCCCGACUACAUUGACGUCAAGGAGCAGCGCGAGUACGUCCGGUGGUUGAACAACGUCAAGGGCUUCGUCAACGCCUAAAUUCAAGGUGAAUGAUGGUUUUUGUUUGGAAGGGAAAAAAUAUGUUGGGAAGAAGACUCAAUGAUGUAUGAUGGCGCGGCGCGCGUGCAAAGUGUAAGAUGAUACGAAAAAACCACCCCUGGAAAAGGACCUUCUUGGCUUGUUCUUAUAGCUAUUUUCCACUCUACGAUGUACUAUAUCAAACCCAUGGCCUGGCUGGCAUGCCGGUUGCCCACAUAAGAAACUGUAAUAUCACAAAAUUUCCCUGCACACAUUGACCGCAUUGGCCCCACUGUCCUUCUCCAAGCAUCAUUCGAUACUUACUUGUUG